UGCCAUGGUAACGGUUAGAGCAACACAUAACUUGCGUGCGGUUGAAGCGAAGCGCUAGCUCGGUUAGCAUUGCUAACUACACUGCAUUAACGUUAUAUUUGUCGGUGUUGUUUUAACGGCAGUUGGACGGAAUGAUCCGCGGGGAGUCAGCGAAGAAGGAGUUCCGACCUCUCUGUAACGCAGAGAACAAGAAGCUAAAAACAUCCGAGGAGUUGCACAUCUUGGUUGAAAGCCAGUCAAAAACCUCCACUCUCAGAGGCAGGGACGUCCAGGCUCUGGCCAUUAACCCACAGGACCUCCAUAAACUUCAUAUACCAAAGCCACCCAAGGGCCGUCAAAAACCAGUGCUCAUAGCUAAGACACAGCCAUCUGAUGAAGAUAGAAAUGCCGUGGCUCAUCCAGUGAACCUGGACCUUGACUCUCAAGCUCUGGGCUACGCAGGGCUUCGGUUUGAUGAACAAGGCAUGAUUCUUCCACAUAGCAUCCUGGGUAGUUUAGAGGAUUUCAGAAGUUAUCUGGAAGCCAAAGGGGAGACAGAGUUGAUGAAGCGAAUACCAAACUCCCAGAAAGAUCCUCCAUCUGCGGCCCCAGUGAGGCGUCACUCUGAGGCCGCGGACAAAGGGCGUGAGCUCCCCUCAGACUCCAGAAACAUCCAGAGUAAUGCCCUGCAGCACUGGCAUACACAUAUGAUGCAGCGCAGACGGCAGCAGGGCUUCUUAUCUGACUUGCUUGACAGGCCAGUCGAAAACUUACUGAUGAACCAAGCAAACCGUUUCAGAGAAACUCAGGAGCAGAGGGAAUUUCUAAACCAAACAAUGCCACUCAUCCACUCUGGAUAUGGUAAUCGUGUGGGCAGUGAGUUUUGGAGUCUCCCCCAGCGUUAUGGAGAUGAAAUGAGUGGCAUCUCAGCCACUCUGACACAGACGGAGCAGGGCAGACGGGGACCUGUCACACAUGUAGGACAACCAAGCAGCAUACGCCAGGAAUCAGGAAUAAUCUGUGUUGAGACUCUGCGUCCAGCCUCUCGGACUUGGGACCAGAGUGUAUACCUGCAGCACCGGUGCCAGGAGCUCAGAGAGGUCCUACAGGACUUGGACGUCAAAAAGCCGGACAUUGAUGGACUGGAGGUGAUUGGCGCUGGCAAGCCAGCUACUUUUGUCACAGUGUGUCGUAGUCCCUUACUGGAAAAGGAAGAAGAGGAGAAGGAGCACAACAAGAAGAAGGAGGAGGACCUUGAUCCACUGGCACAGUAUGAUAAUGUUCGGUCUGAUGCUCUCCUUAUUCCUGCCUUGAGGUUCGGUGGUCAGCUUGCUAGCUGGACUGGAAACUCUGCCACUAAGCAGGGAGAAGUUGGAAUCAAUGCCACAAUAUUCUUUGAGGCCCUGACUGGAGAAAGAGCCUCAUCGCACCUGGAGCUGCACAACGAAGGCAGCACAGCUAUCUUUUACAACUGGCAGCAGCUUCUCGUGCCACACAGCUUUCCUAACCUGCCAUCACAAACAAAGAGUCCGCAAUUCUACUUCAACUGCUCCUCUGGUGUGAUCCUUCCAGGUGACACCCAGCAGGUGGAAUUUAUAUUUAAGUCAGAGAAACCAGGCAUCAAAACAGAACUGUGGCAGCUCAACACCCACCCCGUGCUGCUGCAAGGAGCCUCCAUGCAGGUCACAUUGAGGGGCGUGGCUCUGUACCAGGACAAAACUGCAGACCAGAGGCUGUUCUUAGAGACGAAGCUGGAAAAGAUAGUGAUGGUAGAAAUGUGCAGGUCGAUUGUGUAUGAGGUGCUGCAGGGGGUCCACACCCCAGAGAGACCCAGCUCACCUGCAGAACUCUAUAUCACUGAAGAGCAAAGGUUUUUAACCAAAAACCCCAAGCUGCAGUACCUUGAUCAGCCAGUGGAGGACCUAAAGAGACUGUGGCAAGAGGUGAAUCCAGGAUGCUCCUGGGACCUCUCUGUUGAUACACUCCGACAGGUUGUGCUGUCUCUGUCCGACCAAGAGUCAGCUCAGGAAAAGAGCCUGGCCGAGCUCAACUCUCUGCUUCUGCAGCUUUCUGAACCUUCUGAACUGAAACACCACCAUCUAACAGCAGCAACUAUAGGGCAGCAGCUGUGGAGGAAACUGCUGGACAGAAUGGAUGUUGAGGCCAUGUGGCUCAAAAACCUGCUGGGCCUUCCAGAGAAAGACAAACGAGUCCAUAAAAAGGAGGAAUCCAUAAUUACAGAUGCUGAUACGGCUGACAACAAAGAUGAGAAGAGUGAGAAAAAGGGAGCAGCACCUGCUAAAGAGGAGAAGAGUGGGUCGAGGUCCAGACUAAAAAAUGGCAAAAAAGGAGAGUCCAACCAACACAGUGUGGAAGACAGCAGACAGAAGGGGAAAAGAAGGGAUGAAGCGGGGAAAGUUAGCAGAGACAAGCAAGGGAAGGAAUGGUCCUCGCUGACUGACACCCAUCCAGAGAGCGUCAGUGGACAACCACCUGGUGACCAAAAUGUAGAGCUGGAGGGGCUGGACAUUUACUCAAGGCUCCUGCACAAAAAGGUUUAUGCUCUGAUGGAGGACCUGGUGGACAGCCUGUGUGACCUGAUGGAUGAGCUCAGUGAGAGAGAAUGAACGGACACACCAGAGGCAGGCACGGGAGCCCAGUGAAUACUACUAAAUGUACAUGUCCGAUUGUGAAACCAAUAAAC